CAUACCUGCUAUAUUUUUAUAUUUUACAGAAUUUCUGUAAAUUAAACGGUUGUCUGGAAGAGAUCGCUUUUAGCGAUAAGACCGCCUAUUGUACAUAUGUGCUUUGUGACUGUUUUUUUGAAUGUAAAUUGUGUUGGUGUGCAAUAAAGUGUAUUCUCUCUCUCUCUCUAAAUUAAACAACAAUAACAUUUUAAGUACCGAUGGCUGAAGUACUGUAUUGUUAUUUUAAACAACAAUUACGUUUUAAGGUUUUCACUACGCGAAGUUUAUAGCCGAUAACAUAAUGAUUUACAAAAUAUAAGCCCAAAUCGGACGUUACGGGAGUUUGACCGGCCAAAUUCUCGAACAGUCUGAUCUUAUAAUAGAUACUAAAGUCGCUCAGACGCAAACUCUCAGACGUUUAGAUCUUACUCCACAAGAUCCUUGUGUGCUCGGGAUUUCUUGAAUAAUUACAUUGAAAAUGUGCAGUGACAUUAGUCAUUAUACUAUACAGCAAAACGAUAAAUACGGACGAUAUUUAGUAGCUAGUAGAGAUUUGGAUGCCGGCGAAUUGAUAUUUUGUGAUACACCGUUUGCCGUUGGGCCAAAACCAGAUACUCCACCACUUUGUCUUGGCUGCUACGUUCCGGUAGACAACACACUGUGUUCGCGAUGCGGCUGGCCGAUAUGUAGCGUGGAAUGCGAAAGUUCGUCGCAACACGUUGCUGAAUGCGCAGUUUUCGCAACAGCCAAAGUCCGUUUUCAACCUGUCGAUGACUGGACUACUUGUGCGCCUCAACUGGACUGUAUCACACCAUUGAGGGUUCUGUUAGCGAAAGAAAAAGAUCCUCACAGAUGGCAGUAUGAGCUAGAGCCGAUGGAAACCCAUACUGAGGCACGACAAAAGAAACAAACGUGGUCUGCAGACCAAGUCAAUGUCGUCAACUUCCUGGUCGAUCAUUGCAAGCUAGGAAACAAAUUCGAUAAAGAAUUAGUACAAAAAGUUUGUGGCAUUCUUGAGGUAAAUUCAGUUGAGGUUCCAUCACAUGGAGGCUUCAGUAUUCGUGCUAUAUAUCCUCGAUUAGCUAUCACAGCACACAGCUGUGUUCCAAAUAUAGUUCAUACCGUACUUAGCAAUGACUACCGAGUUCAGGUCAGGGCAGCUAUUCCUAUAAAAUCCGGGGAAAACUUGUAUUUAUGUUACACAUAUGCUCUGUCUCCAACUUUAGUGCGAAGAGAAUUCCUUGUUGAAUCAAAGUUUUUUUACUGCGACUGUCAUCGUUGCGCUGAUCCAACGGAGCUCAAUACACAUCUUAGCACACUCAAAUGUAGCAAGUGUGACGACGGGGUUAUAUUGCCAACAAAUCCUCUAGAAAACGAAGCAAUGUGGAUGUGUUCAGAUAAAAACUGUGGCUUUAAGACAUCUAGUGCCGCCAUCCGUAAGAUGUUAGCCGUCGUUCAAGCUGAGACAGAACAGUUGGACGCUCUAGAACCUGGCCCAGCAGCGAUCGAACAACGAGAAGCAACAAUUAAAAAGUACAAGUCAGUCUUCCACCCCCGACACUCGAUUCUUCUUUCAUUAAAGCACUCCUUAGCGCAAUUAUAUGGUCGAGUGGAAGAAUAUAACAUUGAUGAGCUACCCGACGUUUUGCUUGAAAGGAAAGUAGAAAUAUGUCGACUUGUUCUCAAAACCUUGGACGUUAUAACGCCGGGAGAAACUAGGAUGAGAGGUAUGAUGCUGUAUGAAUUACAUGCGCCACUAAUGUUUUUGGCAAGAAACGAAUACGGGGCUGGUUUGAUUACCUCGGAUCAACUGAAAGAGAAAUUGCAAGAACCAAUUAAAUGUCUAGCGGAUUCUGCAAGGAUUCUACAGCGUGAAGAUCCUCACAGUCCUGAAGGCAUUACUGGACAAAUAGCACAACAAUCUAUGGAACAACUAAUAGCCAGUCUUGAGUCAUUGUAACUUUAAUUGGCGUUUUUGUGUCCUAUUUCGUUAAAUUUCACCUGAUAAGCAUCAAGGUACAAUCGUAGGUCUUAAUUGUUGUAAUAAAUAUUAUGUACUAGCGACCCGCCCCAGCUCCACACGGUCGAAUCAAUUUAUUGUGCAGAAAUUAUCUAAAUUAUAUGGAAUUAAAACAACCCUUUUUACAAAUAAUUUUCAGUAUGUAUUUUUCCUCUUAAAAUCGGAAAUAGCCCGCCAUAUGUAUAGGUAUACCUCAUAUUUCACUCCACACUACUUUUAUACAUCAAAAAGAAAAAAUCGACUUGCUGUUUUGAUUGAUUUGAUGGACAUUCUACUUUUUUAUUCCGCCUUUAACAAAAUAUUACAAGGAGAUUUAUCAAUUUUAACAUAAUUAUGUAACAGUAUAGUAGUCUUUACCACUUUGUGAUUAAAGGUCAAAUUUGUUUAUAGUUAAGUUUAAAAUGGCAUCUAAAUUCUGACUUGCGUGCGGAUUUAUUGCGUUUCCAUUCGGUUUCCCUUGAUAAAGAUCUUCUUUUAUGAGUACUCACAGUGAUAUCUCCAUACCUAUUUCUAUCAAUACGACGCGACGCUUGAAAGGCAAACGUGACUAAGCGACAAUAACUGCUUUGUACAUAAAUGAUAGGCAAUAAUCAUAUUCGAUGCGCAAAAAAAAUAUAUUUCUAGGUCUAUUAAAAUAAUUUCAAUCCUAUAGCUAGAUUCGUUAAAAUAUAAUUUUUUUUCAGGUGUUUUUCAGGUAUAUUUUAAAAUAAUUUCAACUUUAAAUUAUUCUUCUGUAAAGUUCACGCAUUGUCGCUUAGUCAUGUUUGCAUUUCAAGCGUCGAAUAGAUCUCGUUUCUUAUAUUGUUUAUCAGUCGAACAGUUUCUAUUUAAUAACUAUAUUUAUAGUUACAUAAAAGUUUCGUUUUAAACUACAUGUUGUACACAUAUAUAGGUAUUGUAUUUAAUGUUCAUAUUAAGUUAACUGCUUUAACUUCUCAUUAUUUCCGCCAUUACCAAUAAAAUUACCACGCACACAACGGGACCCUGCGUAUCCCCAGUGGUACGCUUACCAUAGAUGGGGAAUCGCUGCUCUAGAGCAAUAAAAGUUAACUUGUGAUGCUCUACUUAUUGUGAUUAUUUUUUGGCACAAUUGAAUACAACAUUUACUUGUGAAAUUAGUAAUAAAAUUUCUAAAAGACAAUAAACUGAUCUCUUGAAACAAAUUCAUUAGGUAUUUAUUAUAAUAUGAAUAUAUGUACAUGUUUUAAAAUGUAAUUUUCUUGGGUUUCUUAAGUGUCUCAACGGCAGCAGGCUUUUUUUGUCUUUCCAUUAUCUCUUCAACAUUAUCAGCAGUAUCCAAUGUCUGUAAUUUUACUGCAGUCUCUUCUUUCUGGUUAUUCAUCUGUAACAUUACAAUUAUAAACAAUAUAUUUUGUCGUAAAAUGGGAGACAAAGCCAGCAUGCUUAUUUUAGAAUAUACGGAAAUCACAUGAAUUGUUAUUAUGUACUUAUGAAAUUUUUCUUAUUUUUUUGUAGAAGUGAAUAUUGAAACUUUUUUAACCAGUAAGCCUACAAAGAUAUAACUUACAUACGUCAGUAAUUACAUUUGUACUGUAUUAUAUAUAUAUAUAUAUAUAUAUAUAUAUAUAUAUAUAUAUUAUUUAUUUAGAACAUAAAUCAUAUGUACGAUAGGAUAAUUUUAGAAAAAAAAAAUUAUUAUAAAAAGCAUGGUAGAUUUUACAUAGUGAUUUAUACUGUGCAAGCCGACUAAGUACUCCCUAUAAAAAUAUUUGUUAUCUGAAUAGUUUACUAUAAAUACUAUUGAUAGUUACUAAUAAUUGUUUAGUUACUAUUAAAUGUUUAGAUGUUACAUUUGCUUACUUGAAUUUUUAACAUAACGAGAAUAAUUUCCUUACCGUAGGGCAAUCCUUUUUCAUAUGAGUAACAUCACCACAGAUCUUACAGCAACCACCAUUAGGAUAUAAGCCUUUUGGAUUAUCAGGGCACUGUCUAGCAAUGUGUCCCUGAAACAUGAGUAAAACUUUCUUAGUUCUUAUUCUAUCAUACAUUUCAUAAUCACCGUACCAAUAAAGUUUAUUGUCAUAAUUAUAGUCAAUUGUUAUAAUUUUUGAAAAAUCUUCUGCAUUAACAUAAAUACAUCCAAACAGUGUAGUUUCGUUUUUCAUAACUUAUGUUGACAGACAAGAGAAUCAUGGUAGAUUAUAAUAAUAUAAUAGGUUCCAAGGUAAACUAUGUGUGAGGUACAGAGAGCAGAUCCUGGACCUUCAAUAAAAAGUAAGAAAAUUAUUAAUACCUAAUAAACAUAACAUAAAAAAUUCGUAAAUGCUACUCUAUUUUUUCUUAGUCCUCAAGAAAUCAUACAAAUCAUUAAUGUAUGGCCUGAAUCAAAAAUAAUUAUAUUGUGUACAAGAAAAAAAUAAGAUUAAUAAGUAAAAUCAUAUUAGCUUAAAUAAGAGACCUAUGUUUUUCUAGGACUUUACCUGUUCUUUACAAAUGAAGCAUGUUGCAAAUCUGAAUUCCUUGUCCCUUUGAACUUUGCAUUCAAACUGUUUAUGCUCUGUUGAGCCGCAUUUGAAACAAAUACCAUCUCCAGCGUCAACUCCCGGUAUAACCGACUUUAAAUCUGGGCAAUCUGACAGGUUAUGGCCACCUUUCCUACAAUUAUAACAAACUUCUCGCUUCACACGGGCCAACGCCUUUUCUGCUCUUCUCCUUUCCAAUUUCAUAGUUCUCUGCACUUCACUUUUAGGAAUUCCCUUCUUGAUCAUAUUGGUCUUUAAUUCUUGUAAACGUUCAGCAUCUUUCUUCAUAACAGGAAAACCAUCAUAACGAAUCAGCUCAACUUCUUUACCAUUGAUUAUUAUUUGGAAGCUAUCGUCUACUGGUUUCCUACGGACUGGUUGUCCAUUAAUAAAGUUUUUCUUUUUUCUUUCCUUUGGUCUAUUGACAGUUUUGUUGUUUUCAGUUUGAUUAUUUUGUUUAUUAUUUUGUUUUGCAUUGUCAUUCUGCAAUUUUUGUUGGUUGUUUUUAAAAUUUUCUUUUUUUUUCUUAGGUGUAGGAAUUACAGUUGCUUGUGAAACAUCAGACUCGUUGUGGUUUACAUAUUCAGAGACUUGAACAGCAUGCUUGUUUGUGGACUCAUUUUUUUUAUUCUUCGUUUUUUUAUUUUUUUUCUGUUCAGCUGUCUUCUCUUGAUCAUCUAAUCUAAGAUUUUCUUCAGUAACAGGAGGAUACGAACUAUUUUGUUUCCUUUUCUUUUUUUUACUAGGACUUGUUUGCUUUUUGGUUGUAGUCUGUGUGGUUUCUUCGAAUUCACACCAUGUGGCUGUUCGUUUUUGAGUUUUGUGUUCCUUAAGAAAAUUCUCAUAAUUCUCAAUACGUUUCUUUUCAGCCUAGAAAUAAAUAUUACUUGUGUAUAUUAAUAGUGAACGGAUAUAUUAAGUAGAAAUAAAA